UUCAACUUCUUUUUCAUCUUCUUCUUUCUUCCUUUUUGUUCUGUCUUAAAAAAAUAAGCAUAAAGAAACAAAGAAGAUCCUUGGAGAUCUGCACGUCUUCGUUUCUAGAAACAGCUGUGGUUGUCUUAAACCAUAUUCAUUUUGACUUCUUGUAUCUUUUCUCGAAGAGAUGUUCUCCCGAUAGUCAAUAUAUGAGGUAACGUGGGAGGAAAGUAAACCGGAAUGAUUAGUUCUGGUUUAGGGCUCAAGUGUUUGAGAGUUUGUGUGUUUGUAACUGCGAUCGCAUUGCUUUGUUUAUUUUUGCUCCACAGGCUCUGAGAGGUGUAUUCAUACCGCUCAACCAAUCCACUAGAGACUCAAAAUGUUGUCUUACCACCACCAACUCUCAAGUAGUGUUCUGUCUCUGCCUGGUUAAGUUUUUGUAGAUUAGAUGGAAAACAAACCAAGUGUCUUGACCGAUAAAUACGAAGUCGGAAGGUUACUAGGCCAAGGCACUUUCGCCAAAGUCUACUACGGAAGAAGUAUUCGUACUAACCAAAGCGUUGCCAUAAAAAUGAUCGACAAGGAAAAAGUUAUAAAACUUGGCCUUACGGACCAGAUCAAGCGAGAGAUAUCCGUAAUGCGUAUUGCUAAACACCCUAACAUCGUGGAACUAUACGAGGUCAUGGCAACAAAAACAAGAAUCUACUUCGUCAUGGAGUACUGCAAAGGCGGAGAGCUUUUCAACAAACUCACCAAAGGAAAACUGAGAGAUGACGUUGCUUGGAACUACUUUUACCAGCUCAUCAACGCGGUUGACUUUUGCCACAGCAGGGGAGUGUAUCACCGUGACAUCAAGCCAGAGAAUAUAUUGCUUGAUGAGGACGACAAUCUCAAGGUGUCUGAUUUUGGUUUAAGCGCCCUUGCUGACUGCAAACGCCAAGAUGGUCUCCUUCACACUACUUGUGGCACUCCUGCUUAUGUUGCUCCUGAAGUGAUUAAUAGAAAGGGAUAUGAUGGGACCAAGGCAGAUGUUUGGUCUUGUGGGGUGGUUUUGUUUGUUCUGUUGGCUGGCUACCUCCCUUUCCAUGACUCUAACUUGAUGGAGGUGUAUAGGAAGAUAGGAAGAGGAGAGUUCAAGGCACCAAGCUGGUUUGCACCCGAAGUAAAGAGACUCUUGUGUAAGAUGCUUGACCCUAACCCUGAAACAAGAAUCACUAUUGCAAAGAUUAGGGAGAGUUCUUGGUUUAGAAAAGGUUUACACAUGAAAAAGAAAAAUAUGGAGAAACGAGUCAAAGAGAUGAGUUCAGAGGAGAGCAAUACAGACCAGCCUAGAAGCAUAAACGCGUUUGAUGUAAUUGCAUUGUCUUCUAGGUUUGAUUUGUCAGGACUUUUUGGUGACGUGUGUGACAAGCGAGAGUCUAGAUUCACAUCUAAGAAGCCUGCUUCAGAGAUCAUAUCUAAGAUGGAGGAAGCGGCGCAACGAUUGAAGCUGAGGAUAAGAAAGAGAGAAGCAGGUUUGUUACAAAUGGAACGUUUGAAGGAGGGAAAGAAAGGAGUAGUUUCGAUGGAUGCGGAGAUAUUUCAAGUGACGCCGACGUUUCAUAUGGUGGAAGUGAAGAAAUGUAAUGGAGAUACUUUGGAGUAUCAGAAGUUGGUGAAAGAGGAUCUUAGGCCUGCUCUUGCUGAUAUUGUUUGGGUAUGGCAGAGCGACAAAGAUGAGGGGUUGGUGUCUGGUUCACAGCAAGAGACAGAACAGCAACAGGAGGAGGAAUCGUUGUAGUUUUGAGAACUUUUGAUAAUUUGGAGAAAGUGCAGUUCUGAAGAUAGGAAAAGCUUUUGAUGCCAGCUCCUGAUCUUGAACUCACCAUCAUCUGUAAUCAUUAAACAUUAACCCACUUCCUUCUGUUUAAAAAAUCUCUAGCCGGUAACUAGGUGCUUUAUAGAGUACUAGAGACUAAACGGAUUAUUUGGGGGCAUAGACGAGGUCUAGGCUUUAGCAAAUUAUUUAUUUAUUUUAUAUA